CCCCUCCUUUGGAAACACUCUUUUCUUGCGCAACAGAGAAGAGAUUGAUCGCAAUGGCCGAAGCGAACCACUCCAGUGCUUCGGGCACCUUGUCACCUCUCACGCCUGAGCUUAGCCAUGGCUUGAUUCCAGUAACUCUGUUCGGCGUCUUGUCCUUCGGUUCAGCCACCAUACUCCUAGCCUUGAUAUCGUUCCGGCUGUUGAGAUGGAAUCAGAAGUCCAAGCACGUCAACCAAUUCGUCGUGCUGAUAUGCAAUCUUUUGCUUGCCGACAUCCAGCAAUCCAUGGCCUUUCUGUUGAACGCUAAGUGGCUAGCCGAGAACCGGAUCCACGUUGGGACCUCGACUUGCUGGGCCCAAGGCUGGUUUGUAUCUACGGGAGAUCUAGCAUCUGGCGUGUGGAGCUUCGCCAUUGGUCUGCAUACCUUUGCCGUGGUCAUAUUCGGCUACCGCCUUUCCACCAUGAGAUUCAUGAUAGCGAUCCUUUUGCUGUGGACCUUUGUCUAUGCUAUGGCCGUAGUGGGUAUCGCUAUGCACUCGUCCGACUUCUACGUGCGCGCCGUGGCAUGGUGUUGGGUCAACGUCAAAUACGGACGUUUGCGGCUGUGGCUUCACUAUUUCUGGAUCUUCGCCUUCGAAUGCGGCACCGUGUUGAUAUACGGCGUGCUGAUCGUUGCUCUCCGCUGGCGAAUACGAAGUAACUACUAUCGAUCACAGCAACAGGAGCAGCAGGCCAAGGAUGCUGCAAAGCUGAUGGUAGCCUACCCGAUCAUAUACGUCUUGUGCACACUCCCUCUCGCUACGCUUCGUAUGUACCAGGAAUCGGCGGACGAGCGUGUUGUGAGCGCAUCAUGGUUCUGCUUAGCUGGCGCUAUGAUAACAUCCAACGGAUGGCUGGACGUGAUACUGUAUUGCGUAACUCGGCGUAUAAUGCUGUUCAGCGACGAACCUCCAAAUUCAGAUAACGGUAUUGAGUCUUUCGGCACCCCGUGGGUGAAACGCGAUGUUUAUGGAACGGAAACAAAAUGCGAACAUGUCCCAACGUCUCCUAUAGCGUUUAGGCGAAGACUUGGACGACAUGAUAGAGACGACGAUACGAUCUACAUGGUGGACAGACCGGUUGAGCAACAUGUCAUCAAGGAUAAAGCCGGGCAAGUCACUAUUACCGCUGAGCGGACUAUAGAAGUGAGAAGCGAUCCGGCAGCCGACACGGAGCAACAGUUUGCAGCGGAUGGUUACUUGGCUUCCAAGAACAGACACGAGCUCUGGUCGGUAGAUAGCGACAUACACAGCAAGACAGAAGGCGGGCCGACUCGCCCUGCAACGCCUGGUAGUAUUGACUACGAAAUCGAGAACCUCGAGUUCAAGACCAAACCCAACGGCUUCUAACAUAACGACGAACCAAGACUCAUGGCAAGGUAGAGCAAGACACGCGCACGUGAGUACGUGUACGAUUUGUGCGUAUGAUGAUUUCUUAGCACAACGUAGAACAAAGAUAGGCAUAAAUUCUCAUCUCUUGUAUAGCAUGGUGUCGGUGUUGGACGAAUUAGAGGUCAAGAAGAUUUUACGACGGCUCGAGUGGAACACUGUUUGCUGUACAUGUAGCAUUUGGCUAUUUCCUUUGCUGAGAUACCCUAGGUGGGGCUUCCUCUUGCAUAUAGACGGUGCAAUAAUGCUGGCACAAAAGCCACCUUGUCACCAGCGCCCAGAGCGCAUCAUAAUGAAAAGAGAAGAAAAAGAAUAUUUAAGAAAAACAAAAGAAAUGUUCAAGGCAUCUCA